GCACAGCAUCAUUGCGCUGGCCGUGAAAAUUCAGCCUAAGAGUAGGGCACUGCCAUUACCUCCACGCUUUCAGCGCCCUGCGAGAUACGUCAACAUAGCUAGCCGGCCUUAGAAAUUUUUCGUCAAAGGUUCGAAGCAUCGAAGCACUGCGCGAUUCAGGGAUCCAGCAGAGAUCCGGCGAAUUGUCAGUGCAUCAAAGAAACAGUAUCUGGGAGUCCCCGUGUUUUAUUCUCCGGUACCACUUCCCAAAUCCAUCAUGGUACAGCCAAUCGAAGAAUUUUCAGCCAGGCCAUAUCAGAUUGAUCUGUAUGAGAGAGCCGUCCAGUAUAACAGUAUCAUAUACUUGCCAACAGGGGCAGGAAAGACAUACAUUGCUGUCAUGAUCAUAAAAAAAUUAAGCGGCGAUGUGAUCAAGCCUUACAGUGUCGGGGGUAAAAGAACAAUUUUUGCAGUGAAUACUGUUGCUCUGGCCGAUCAGCAAUUAAGAUACUUACAAAGACAUACUCAUUUAAAUUGUAGCAGUUACACAGGCGAAAUGCAGGUUGAUUAUUGGAGCAGAGAUAAAUGGUUACAAGAAUUGGAGGACAAUCAGGUCCUCGUUAUGACUUCCCAAAUAUUCCUUGAUAUAUUGAAUCAUGGCUAUAUAUCAUUGAGCCAAGUAAAUCUCAUGAUUUUUGAUGAGUGUCACCGAGCUGUGAACGACCAUCCGAUGCGUUUGAUAAUGCAGCGUUUUAAGGAUUGCCCAAAGGACCAGCAACCAAGAGUCUUGGGCCUAACAGCGACUCUUCUGAACGGCAAUAUCAAAGUUGCAAAGCUUGACGAGACGAUAACAGAUUUAGAAACUACGUUUCAUGGAAAAAUUAUCGCUGUUGAAUCAUUGAUUGGCGUUAGAGGCUAUGCUACGAACCCUAUAGAAUCCAUAGUCAGAUUCAGUCCACCGUUAAGGCUGACAGUACUAGAAUCGACAAUGGCACGAUUGAUACAAGCCAGGGAGAUCCUGAAAGUAGUAGAAAUAAAGAUUGAUCAUGAGAUGAUUAACAAAAGUGAUAAUGUUUUCAAACCUAAGAGCAAAUCGAACAAAUUUCAAAACGUUUUGAGUGAUCUGGAAGAACACGUGAAACUGAUGGGUAUAUAUGGUGGAAGUAAAGCAGCGCUGUUACAUACCAUACAACUUGAGUACAUAAAAAAAUCUAUUAAUAAUCAGGAAACUGUUUUUGUGAUUGAUUACCUGAUAACAGUUUUGACCAGUAUAAGGAAAAUAGUUGAGGAUGAAAUGGAAGGUUACGAACCCAAUGAGCAGAUAAUGAAAUUUUCAUCUGAUCAAGUUCUGAAAUUGUUCAAAGUUUUCCUGGAUUUCAAUAGGGAAAAGUUGGAUUCGCAAAGAUUUUGUUGCCUUGUUUUUGUCCAACGACGAUUUACAGCCAAAGUGUUGUACCAUGUAUUAAGGAAUUUGCACAAUACAAACGAGAAUUACAAAUUUUUACUUGCUGAAUUUAUGGUCGGGUUUUCAGCUAAUCCAUACGAUAGCGCCAGAGAAUCUCUCUGUCAGAGGAAAUGGAAUAAAGAAGUUUUACACAAAUUAAAAAAUGGUCAAGCAAACUGCAUCAUAGCGACAGACGUAAUAGAAGAGGGAGUCGAUGUUCCAGACUGCACUCUGGUUGUUCGAUACAAUUUGCCAAUGGACAUUAGAUCAUACAUACAAAGUAAAGGGCGAGCACGUCAUGCAACGAGUAAAUAUAUCAUAUUAGUUCCCAGCAAUGACGGUCAAUUUGCACCGAAAUAUGCCAACUUCAAAUUAAUUGAACAGAAGUUGGAACAGUUCCUAAUUGGCAAAUCGCAAUUCCGUACUGAACCAACUCCCGAAACAUUGGACCAAGAAUUAUAUACUAAUGAAAUAGAACCUUAUGCCGUCACAAAUACUAAUAAUGAAAUUAGUGUUGUCACUGGAACAAGCGCAAUAAGUUUAGUGAAUCGCUAUUGCUCUACAUUGGGGAAUUCACACUUCGUUUCUCUAACUCCAACGUGGAAAUUAAGCAAACUGUGUUCAGAUACUGGCGAUCUAAAAUUCCAGGUCAGUUUACAAGUGCCGAUAUUAUCUCCUUUGAAACAAAUAAUUCUCGGAGAUCCUAUGCCGAGUAUAAAGCUCGCUAAACGCUCGGCUGCCUUGAAUUGCUGUAAAGAAUUGCACCGUAUCGGUGAAUUAACGGACAACUUAUUGCCUGUGACAGUUGAUCUGAUUUUAGAAGACGUUGACUAUUUGUUUCCGCUAUGGAUAGAUGAAGAAAAAACACCAUUAUCACAGCCAGGAACGGAAGCCAGGAAACGGCUACAUGAACUCGUAUAUCCCGAAUGUCUCUUCUCUGCUUUUCCCAUGCCUGACCAGGACUUGUAUCUUCACAUAUUGAAUAUCAAACCAAUUUAUAGUGUGCCUCAGGAUAAUCGGCGCUUAGUAUUUUACAACAUUUUAUCAGACUGUACUGGAUAUGCUAUUUUAUCAACAAAGAGAAUGCCGCAGCUUUCAGCGUUUUCGAUAUUUCUCAAUGUUGGGGAGGUGAAUGUCAACGUUGAAGUUAAUCACACCAAACUGCAAUUGACUGCCGACGAAAUAGGAAAGCUCAGAUGUUUUCACACAAUGAUUUUUACAGAAGUAAUGCCAAUUAUCAAGCCCUUCAUGGUGUUCGACAAAGACAACUUAGACAACAGUUUCUUGAUUGUACCAGUUGACCAUAAAUGGGAGAUAAACUGGGAAACUGUUGUGUCCAACCACAAAAUAGAGCCCAUAAAGCCGGAGAAACCAAUCUGUGUCAGAAACUUAGACUAUGAACUUGCUUUAGUCAGGCCAAGCUAUAGAUCAGCAAAUGUAUACAUAGUUACCCAAAUUUGUGAAGAUAGAUUCGCUGAGUCGAGUUUUCCCACACUUGACUAUUACUCAUAUGUGCACUAUUUUAAAAGCAAGCACGAUCUUCUUAUUGAAGAAGGGCGACAGCCUCUGCUUGAAGUUAAAGCCAUUUCGACAAAAUUAAAUUGUAUCAGACCACGGGGAUCAAGUGCUGGAUUAAGUAAACGAAAGCGAGCUGAUUUGUCUGAAGAUUUCGAAGAACAUUUGGUACCAGAGUUGUGCGUCAGAUUUGAGUUCUCUUCUUUAUAUUGGCUCAAGGCGACCACACUGCCGUCCAUUAUUCAUAGGAUUUCACAAUUGUUGAUUGCUGACCAACUACGAGUAACCAUUGAAGCUGAUGUCAAGUUGGGGUUGGCCAAGUCGGAUGCUAGACAAAAAUGGAAGGAUUUCAGAGUCUCAGAGAACACAGUAAACAUUGCAGAUAAUGAACCUUCGCUUGAUACGUCCUCUGAUGAUUUGUUACCCGAAACUGUGCAAUCAAGGCCUGAAUUAACAGGACCUGAAUUUGAUGUGUUGGAUUCAGAGUCAAAACUGUACUCAUGGACCAAGAGCCAGGAGCCUCAAGAUAUUGAGCGAAAUAUUGACGAGAUUCAAUUAAUUGACAUAGAUUACUACGAACGUUUCAUGUCCUCUUCUUCUCAAGAAGAUAGUGAUAUUCUGAGAAACAAUAUCAAAGCUCGAAAUCAUAUGAGUAAACCAGACGUACAAGUACCAAAAAUAAAAUUACUCUACCAAACUACACAAAAUGGUCCUGAUCAAGUCUCUAUAAUGGAAGCAUUGACUGCUAAAAUGUCGCAUGACGUGAUGAAUUUAGAAAUUCUUGAAACGCUUGGAGAUUCAUUUCUAAAAUUUUUUACGUCAUUGUUUUUGACGGACACGUUUCCCACUUUUCCGGAGGGUCAUCUCACUUCGAUUAAAGGAAAAAUAAUUGGUAAUCGUAAUCUUUAUUACGCUGGUUUCAACAAAAAAUUACCUGGCAUGAUCAAGGUUGAGGAAUUUACACCCACAAGCAAUUUUAUUGCGCCGGCUUAUUCAGUACACAGAAAAUUACAGGGGAUACUGUUGCGUGCAGAGGUAUCGCCAAACAUUUUAUACAAUUUGAGGAUAUCGAAAGAAGAACAAUUGUCUGGGUAUCUAAAUAGUAACACUAUCGAGGAGAUUCAAGAUAAAGUAUGUGGAUGGGAAGGUGGAGACGCUCAAUCUGGUUUAGAACAUUUUUUGUGCGUUCAAACCGUGUCUGACAAAACAGUUGCGGAUUGUGUGGAGGCCCUUAUCGGAGUAUACUUGCAGAGCACAGGCAUCGAGGGUGCUGCAAAACUUCUACAAUGGUUCCAAAUUAUACCAUGCGAAAUUCCUGUUGAAAGCAUAUUAGGCGGAGAGCCCAAGAACCCACUUAUCGGCGAUGGGAACCCCAAUAUGCAUAUGGCAUGGGCAAGCACACUUGAAGAAAGAAUAGGAUACAAAUUUCAAAAUCGAGGCUUUCUAUUGCAGGCCUUUAGUCAUUCGUCUUAUUCACCCAAUGUUAUAACAGCCUCUUAUGAGAGGCUAGAAUUUUUGGGCGAUGCAAUAUUAGAUUUCCUCAUCACUGCUUACAUUUUCGAAAAUUUUGACAAUCUGUCACCUGGGCAACUUACGGAUCUCAGAUCAGCACUGGUUAACAACAUCACUUUUGCUUGUCUAGCGGUUCGAUACGGAUUACAUACAUAUCUUUUGGCGUAUUCUCCGCUGCUUAUUGAUAUGGUCGACAAAUUUGUCGCAUUUCAAGAACAGAGAGAGCAUGCAAUAGAUGAUGAGCUAUUGUACGUUUUAUUGGAAGAAACUAGACACAGUAUGGCCGAAUUUGUUAGCGUACCCAAAGUUUUGGGUGAUAUUUUUGAGGCAUUGGCUGGAGCCAUUUACCUAGACAGUGGUAAAUCGUUGACGAAAGUUUGGGAAAUAUUUUAUGCCUUAAUGCACCGCGAAAUUGAUAUAUUCAGUAAAAAUGUUCCAAAGCAACCUGUUCGAAUGUUAUAUGAGACACAAGGUGCUCACCCGAAAUUUUUCCCUGCAAUUGCCCUUGAUAAUAAGGAUACGAUUAUGGUACCACUUGAGAUAACAAUUUGUAGUAAUAAAAAGAAAAUUAUUCAUGGAUUUGGGAGUAAUACAAAAGAAGCUAAAUGUGCAGCUGCCAAACAAGCUUUGAAGGAGCUGAGACGCAGGAAUAUGUAGUGUGCAUGUAGAUUGCUUAUCCGCAUGCUUCCCAUGUAACAUUUCGUGCAUGAAUAUAUAGAAGACGAAAGAAAUGAAGUAUAAGAAUGGAGAGAAAAACAUAACAGAAAUAAGAAAUUACCUCCAAAAACAGGUAGGACCAAGUGUGCCUAUGCAACGGUAUUAUGGAUCUAUUACGAAUCGAAAUAUCUAUGUACUUUGAAAGCUUCGCUAAUUAUAAAUACAUAGACACUAACGAAGUGGGGCAUCUUAAAUAAUCUUAGAUAAAAAUCAAAUAAUAACGAUUAUGGAUUUUAUAAUUUUAUUUGUAACUUCCAAGAUUUUCCAAAUAUUUUCCUAAAAAGAUCAACGAUACUAACUCAGAUUUAUUAAAAAUUUACUAGGUAAUUAGAGAAUCAAUCGCAAUAAAUGAAAACGCAAAGCAUGACCUAUUAAAUUGUGCAAUUUUUUACGUUUUAUAUACAGAAUUUUUUUAUUACUAAAUGGGUAUUGUGUGAGGAUAAUGUUUUUUGUUCGAACUUUUGUUAUUUAUGUUCAGCUCGACGAUACCCGCUUGAAUUUAUAGCUUAACGAACCCAUAAGUUUUUAGAUUUUUUUUUACAACAUGUAACAGUGCAAGCCGUUUCAAGGUUACUAUGCGACUAUGCUUAACAUUUGGUUUUAUAGUAUACUACAGACAUGGGUGCUAUUGAGAAUUCAAAUUUUAUUAGAUUUAUUUAGCUUUGUAAUGAUCGUUUUAUAUACGAAACUUAACCAAUGAACUUUAUAUAUUUAAAUUUCAAUUACAUAGAGAGUAUCGUACUUCAAAUUCAAAAAUAGAUUUAUUUUACGAUAUUUUCAAUUAAUUGUUUGAAUUUAUUUCUAAACAGCUUUAUGUUUGGACAAACUAAAUAAACAAAUGUAUGUUUCAAAAUCAUGUAUUUAGAUAACUAAGACAGUUUUUUUUUUACUUUCAACUAUAGUUUCAAGAAAAACUGAUGUAAGUUGUUAUGUCGAUCUUCCAUCGAUAUCAAACCUACAAAUUAUUGGAAACAAGAACUCCAAAUCGAAAAAAUUCAAACAUGUAUGUUUACUUGUUGAAUCUUUGUGUAAUAACAACUGAAACUUCUGUGGAACAAAAUAAUUUUUUUUAUUGUUUUCAACUGUACAGUUGAAGUAACUUAAAAAAAUUUAAACUGUAAAAAUCAUACAUCUUCAAGAUAUUAAUGAAGUUGGUUAGUUAUCUAUUCAUUCUAUUAGCCUAACACAGAUAUUUAUUUCCUACGAUUACAUUGUAGGCAUUCCAGUAUUGAAUUACGUCUAUAUCCAGAGUAACGAUCGGCUUUUGUAUGUACACAUGCAGACUAGUUGUUAGUGACCGAUGAUUUGAAAUCACAAUUUCAUUGGCUCAUAAUUUUCGAGGUGAAAGUUAUUUUGUGGGUAA